UUGUAUCUGUGUCCUAUCUUAAUUGGCACUUUCCAGCCUAGAAACUAUCCAUGGUUUUGAUAUCGAAGAAAGAGUGACGCUGCCUGUUUACUUAAACCUGCGGAGUUUCGUGCCUGCAAAUUCUGCAGUUCACUUCCCCAUAUUUGAUGGGGUGUCCUGGUAUUGCCAUUUUUGCUCUCCUUCUCUUGCCCUCUCUUUCUCUUGGUGAGGAUGAUGAGUACCACUAUGAUGCCAUCCUUGAGGCGGCAAAGAGAGAGAAAGAGUGGUUGGUGAGUGUGAGGAGAGAGAUUCAUGAGCAGCCUGAGCUGAGCUUUGAGGAGCACAACACCAGUGCUCUUGUAAGAAGGGAGCUCCAUGGGAUUGGGGUCUCUUACUCUUUCCCCUUUGCUAAAACAGGGGUGGUCGCCACUAUCGGUUCGGGGUCUGGCCCUGUUGUGGCGCUUCGGGCGGACAUGGAUGCUCUUCCCUUGCAAGAACUAGUGGAAUGGAAGCACAAGAGCAAAGUGGAUGGAAAGAUGCAUGCGUGCGGCCAUGAUGCUCACACAACAAUGCUUCUUGGUGCUGCUAAAUUGCUUCACCAACGGAGAGACAAGCUCAAGGGAACUGUGAGACUACUUUUUCAACCUGCAGAAGAGGGGGGCGCAGGGGCAUCUCACAUGAUAAAAGAAGGUGCUCUUGGUAACGCAGAAGCAAUUUUUGCGAUGCAUAUUUCGAAUCAGUUGUCAACAGGGAAAAUAGCAACAAGGCCUGGACCUGUAAUGGCUGCUGUAUGUUUCUUUGAAGCCAAGAUUGAAGGGAAAGGUUCACAUGCUGCAUUUCCCCAUUUGGCUGUGGACCCCAUUGUUGUUGCAUCACUUACGAUUCUAGCAUUGCAACAGCUUGUUUCUCGAGAAACUGAUCCUCUUCAUAGCCAAGUGGUCUCAGUUACUUAUAUUAAAGGAGGUGGAGCCUUAAAUGUUAUCCCGCCUUCUGUGGAAAUUGGGGGAACCCUUCGAAGCCUGACAACAGAUGGGUUACAUGAGCUUCAGAGAAGGGUCAGAGAGGUGAUUGAAAGUCAAGCUGCGGCACUUAGAUGCAAUGCAUUGCUUAACAUAAAAGAUGAUACACACCCACCUUAUCCAGCUGCUUUUAACGAUGAGCGCUUGCACCAUCACGUGAAAAGAGUGGGAGGUCUCUUGCUUGGGACCGAGAAUGUGGAAGUUCAAGAAAAGGUGAUGGCUGGUGAGGAUUUCGCUUUCUAUCAACAACUAAUUCCAGGUGUGAUGUUGAGCAUUGGGAUCAGAAAUGCGGAGGUUGGUUCCAUUCAUUUUCCUCACUCUCCUCACUUCUUUCUCGAUGAGGAUGCACUUCCUAUUGGGGCGGCUGUACAUGUUGCAUUAGCGGAGUCAUACAUGAAUAUGGAUCAAGCAGAUGUGUAGAUGAUGGACCAAGUUGGGGUUGGCUCAUUCUGGUGUAUGUGAAAAGGUUAUAGUUGCAUGUAGGUAAUAAUCCCAUUGACCAUGGGAAAUUGUUCAAAAGCAUUCGAUGAAGUGAUGGAUGAUGGUGGAAAGAAUGGGGCCAACAUUGGGGUUGUCUUGCUCGGUUGGGUCCCACUCUUUUCAUCACCAUUUCUGUUUGUCAAUGGUCAGUGAUUACACAAAGAACUGUCCUUUUUCAUAGUCCAUUGGAUUAUAGGAUUUACUUCCCCUUAAAUGCGAUGGGUGUAUGCAUGCUUAUAUAUCAUCAGGUUUAUAUCUCUGAAUUAUAGAUUAAAAAUUUGUGCUGA